AUGAUAAUAAGAAAUUGGCUAAUCUAUAUUUUGCUUCAAUAUCUUAUAAGCAAUUCUCAAUAUUAAAAUGAUCAGAGGGUUCAAAAAAUGAACACAUAAAUGAAAGUUAUAUUAAUAUUUAAAAACUAGCAUUAAAAAAAUACUAAGGUCAAUUAUAAACUGAAUUAUGAUAGUAUCUCUAAAAUCCUAUUACUAAGCGAUAAUAGAAUAUUGAAAUGUUUUAAUGUAUUUACUAAAAUAAAAUUGAAUUUUACUUUUAAUUUUCUUUGUACACAUUCAAAUUACCUUUAAGCAGAAGAUUUUUUUUAUUUAUACUUCUGGUUGGCUUAGGUUACUUAGUGUAGUUACCAACCUCUCUUCUUAUUUGCUUUAAGCUUCUUUAGUUAAAAAAUGUAAGUGGCUAUAUAGAGUAAUAACAAAGAACUUGUACCAAAUAUUAAAUCCAAACAAGAUUUAAAUUUAUUAAUUAGUAUUGUUUACAUUCACUAUGAAAAUAUGGCCAAAACUUAUCAAUUUCACAAGUUAUAUCAAUAAAAUUGUUAUUUUGAAUGUUACUUUAAUUAUAAGAAUAAGAUAUGUUAGAGUUAGUCUACAGUACACAUAGAAUUUGGUAUUCUGAUAAGAUUUAUGUAGGAUUCUUACAAACUUGAAAGGUACCAAAGCUUGUGCUAUAAUAAGAUGAAAAAUUUUCACAUGAGGAAAAUCUAUUAAUAAUUUUCUGAGAAUAUUUGUAGGGUUUGGACAUUAAAUUCACUUUAGAGUUUAUAUUACAAAUUUUAAAGGAUUUGUUUGAAAUUAAAUAGAUUGAUAUUAGAUAAAAUCUAUCGAGUAAUCUUCUUUAGUUGGUUCUGUAUUAAACUAUUGCAUAAUCUCAUUUCCUCUAAGAACUAAAGUUUUUCGUUUACUUUAACAAUAUUUUAAAAAGGUAAGAAAGUGUUUUAAUUGUUGGCUAAUUUGAGAGUUCAGAUAGUUGAAAGCAAAGGAAAUGAUGAAUCCAUUGAGAAAUAACAAGUAAACAAAUGUUAGGAAAUACAAAGAAGAGUUUUAAAUCCAACAGCGAUGACAUGCAAGCUCAUCUAACAUACCAAGAUGGCCGUAUAGAAAAUCUAGUAAGAAGCGACCUAUCAUUACAAAGUAAGUGCUUAAAACUAUUAGAAGAUGCACUAAGUAGAUAUAACCAUGAUCCAAAAAGAUAUUCUAACAUUUUUUUAAGAUGUAUAAAGUUUUACCAGCAAAUUAAAAAAAUAAAUAUAAAACAUUGUUUUUAAUGAAAAAUAAGAUUAAUUUAUUCAUUAUGUUAAUAAAUUAUUAUAAAUACUAAAUUUUUCUUUUAAGUGUUUAGCGAUGGAUCAAGAGUCUCUUAACGCAUCUUUUACAACGCAGGCAGAAUAGAUGGAAGACAAUAACCUUCUAUAUGAAAAUUUCACUCGAAUCUCUCCUUCGUUAAAUGCUGCUUUUGCCUAUUGUUUAUCAUAUUAUAGAAUGUUUUCAAACAAUCGCCAAAUUGUUUUAGAAAAAUGGAUAGAAACAAAAGAAAUAAUGGAUUUUGCAAAUAAUGCGUACAUUUACUCUUUGACGCCCAUAAAUUUGUUAAUACGGCAGCUUAUGCUUGGUAUGUUCAUAAUUUUUAGCACUCCCCUAAUUAUGUUAAUUAUGCUAUUGAGCUGCCUAAAAUUUAAGCAUCAGAUUCUAGAAGAGGAGGUUGAUUGGUAUAUCGAAAAUAUCACAAAAGAAAUAGAAAGGACUGCAAAAGAACACUGCCCUUCUUUUUUUCAACCUGUUGCAGAGCAAGCUCCACUUGAAGUCCGCCAUACUCAUGCUGUCAUUAACCAUUCAUUAGAACAGUUAGAAUCUAUUGCAGCAAAAAUUACCCCUGCCAACGCCAAAGACUACACAAAAGAGACUGAACGCUAUACAUGGUGUUUAACAGGGAUGGUCCCUUUACUCCCAGACCAAGAGCAAGACCCUUUUAAACAAAAUGGCAUUCAUCAACGCUGGUAGAAAGCACGCAAAAAGAUUCAACAGAUCGUCCUUUGA